AAGCCUCGAUACAUUUAUGUUAUGCGCAAUCCCAAAGAUGUGUUUGUGUCCAUGUAUCAUCACCUCCACAACAUGCCUUACUCAGUGGAAAUUCCCACGUGGGACGAGGCCUUCAAACGUCUUAUCAAUGGAAAUAUUCAAUAUGGUUUGCAGUUUGAUCACGUGUUAGGCUGGUGGAAGCAAAGAGACGAUCCCAACAUUUUGUUUCUUACGUAUGAGGACAGAAUAAAGGUAAGAAACCGUACUGAACCAUUUAUGGAUCUUGAACCCCAAGUAAUCGAUUUAAAGCAUCCUCCAUUAAGCUCCAACGAUCGAUUUUCUUACUCUUU